AUCUCUCUCCACUUGUAGCUUGUUCUUUGCUUCCACACUUUUUAGAAGCUGUCCUGCGUCGGGGUGCUCGCAGAGUUAAAGAGCACAGCGUUGAAAAGGGGCCUUGUGAUAAAGGUUGGGAUGUGGUGACUCGGUCGGCGCGAGCCUCUGGUGCCUCCAAGGCGUCUGCAGCUACAAACAGACUCACAUGCCAAACCAACGCCGCUUCCUCCCACGGCCCGGGGAGGAGGACGGGCUGUAGACGGAGUGUCUGCGGCUCACACGGGGAUCCAUUAGAAUCCAUUAGAAUCAUCCGUCUCACUUCCUGCUCGCUGACUGGAGACGUGAAGGUCGUGUAAUUUGAAGCGUCCUCUUCUGCAGCAUCCUGACUCUGUAGGCUGACAGAGGGAGCGCUUCGACCUGACAGAUCUCAGGGUGAAGCUUUCAGGUUACACUUGACCUACCUUUGACCUUUGUGCUUUCUACUUUUCCACUUUUGCUUUCAGUGUGACUCAGUGUGACUUCACAGGGUUUAGGGGGAGAUGAUGGGCCGUGUCACCGAGCGCAGAGAUUCAGCAGAGGACGACGCUUCAGACACAUCGUUGGAUGAAAUAAAAGCAGAAGGAGUGCCUGUGGUGCUCUCAGAUGUUUGCAGGUUUUAACACAGGAGUAAUUUAGAUUUCACUGGGGGACGGCGUACACACAUCCGUAAUGAGACUCAGAGGGAGGCGGAGGCUGGAGGCUGUCCGAGGGGGGAGGAGGCAGACAGCGAGUCUUUGUGGUCCGCUGGACAAAGAGCGUUUCUCAGUUUGGGUUGGCGGAGGAACAGAUCGGACUCGGUCGCCGCUUUGACUUCAGCUCUGCUUCUUGUUUGCAGGGAGAAGACGACAUGAAGCUGCUGCUGCUGCUGCUCUGCUUCGGGACGCUUCACGUGGGUUCUGGACUUCGCUGCUAUAAGUGCCAGGAUUAUACCGGACGCUGCCAGAAUGUCCAGGAGUGCACGUAUGAGGACUCGUGCAUCUCUCUGAGUGAGAGAGGUGGGAAGACCAUCCGUCAGUGCAUCAGGUACACGGACUGCGAUAACUCCCGCCUCAGCCAGAUGUUCCCGUCCAUCUCUGCCUUCACGUACCGAUGCUGCAGCAGCAACCUGUGCAACUCCGGCACCGCCUCCACCACGGUCACGCCCCUGGUGGCUCUGCUGGGGUCUCUGCUGAGUCUCUGGUGGUGCUGGAUGUGAAGCAGUGUGUCAGUGUUUCAGCCACAGACUGUAUAAAGAAGAUGGAUGUCUGAACAGCUAAAGUCCUUCAACCUACUUUAUUUCUAAUGACCAGCAGGGGGCGCCUCCUCUGGUCUGGAGAAAAUGAGCGUCCUGCUCAGCCGAUCUCAGCUCAGUAAACUCUUUAAUGGUCUCUGUCGCAGGUUCAGGUAUAAAACUUUGUAAAAUAAAACAUGAAGUUUGUCCCGUUAGAGCCACAGAGGAGCAGGAUGAGUUUCUGUCAUAUGACUGAACCGUCAGAAACAGGCCCUCACUAACCAGCAGGUGAUGUCACUGCACCGACAUCCAUCUUUUAUAUACAGCCUGCGAUUUCAGGUUCAUUACCGAUGUCUUUCAAAGCUAACACCAACUAAAGCUAAUGUUGUAAAGAAAUAAAAACAACUUUAUCACCUUGUUUGCUGAUUUUUCAUUUCUUAUUCUGCAAUUUUAACAAUAAAUACGAGAGAAAAAAA